CUCCAGAGGGAAAGCGCACAUUCCUAUUGUCCAAGAUGGCGGCGCUGGUGCAGCUCCUCCGAUGCUGACAUGUUUUUAAACCAGUUAAUGCUUUUAUUUCGACAUAUGUGCGGUUACUCAGUGGUCGGGGGAGUAGCGUUUCAUUGCCGUAGCUGCCGUCUGCAGCGUUAUUGUCGCUAACGGUCCAGGAAUUCGCUGCCGGGGGCCGGAUUCCCGUUGCAGGCACCGAAAAGUUUGAGCUCCAUCAUCCUCUGAAAAUGAAGCGGCAGGCCGGGAGAGAGGCGAGUCCGUCCAGGGCCGCCGCCAAGCGGAUACGGGAGAGGGAGCGGGAGAGCGCGCGGAGAGAGGAGAUACCGCCGCCGCCGCUGGCUCUGCUGCUGGCGGAGAGCCGGGGAUAUCACCGUCGGAGCCGCAGCAGGGAGCGGGAGAAGCCGCGGCUCCGGGAGGAGCGGGCUGCCGCCCUGGAGCUCCACCACCGGCACGAGCUCAGCCUGCUCGGCCGCCCGCCUCUUCGCACAGCCGCGGCGGAGCUCCCCGCCGCCCGUCCGGGCACGCUGGAGUACAAGACGCUCCUCAUCAGCAACCUGGGCUCCCAGGUGUCGGACGAGGACGUGGAGGACGCUUUGUUUCACGAGUUCAAGAAGUUCGGGGACGUCAGCGUGAAGCUGUCGCACACCCCCGAGCUGGGCCGGAUCGCCUACGUGAAUUUCCGCCACCCGGAGGAUGCCAAGGAGGCCCGGCACGCCAAAUCCUCCAGGUUAGUUCUGGGUGACCGGCAGCUCAAAAUUGAACCCAUGUACGUGAGGAGGCGGAGCGCCACGCCGCCGGACGUCGGGUAUUUACCUCUGCACGCGCCAUACCCGUACCGACAACGCUCCCUGUCGCCUCCCGGGCCCGGCGUGAGCAACAUUAGGGACCUCCGGGCUCGGCAUUACGCCCUGGAGACGCUGGGUCUGAGCAGGGAGAGGGAGAGGCUGCUGGAUUAUUACGGCAUGCUGGAUGAGAGGGGCCGGCCUUACGGUUUCCCCCCAAUGCCCGUGGUGGAGGAUUUAAAGCCUGAGGACGACCAGAGGGCCACCAGCAAUCUGUUUAUUGGAAACCUAGACGGUAACGUCACAGAGGCGGAACUAAGGAGGGGCUUUGACAAGUAUGGCAUCAUUGAGGAUGUGGUGAUUAAACGUCCUUCACGUGGGCAGGGCGGGGCUUAUGCUUUUGUAAAGUUUCAGAAUCUGGACAUGGCCCACAGGGCCAAAGUGGCCAUGCAGGGGCGUCUGAUCGGAGGUAACCCCAUAAAGAUAGGCUACGGCAAAGCCAACCCAACCACCCGGCUCUGGGUGGGUGGACUUGGGCCUGGGAACUCUCUGGCUGCUCUGGCACGGGAAUUUGACCGUUUUGGAAGUAUCAGGAAUAUUGACUAUGUGAAGGGGGACAGUUUUGCAUAUAUUCAGUAUGAGAGUCUAGAUGCCGCCCAGGCUGCCUGCACACAGAUGAGGGGCUUUCCUCUGGGGGGCCCCGAGCGCCGCCUCAGGGUGGACUUUGCCAAAGUUGAAGAGAGCCCCUCUCGCCCAUUUCCUCCUGGCUAUCAGCCUCCCGUCGCACUACCCACCCAUUACGACCUCCUCGGAGAAGCGUACAGCCGCCAUCGCAGCCUGGAGCGGGAGCUGAGGGGGGCCAGGGACCGCCUCUCACCGCCCUCUCACAGCCUUCUCUCUCUCAGGGAGCGAGAGAGAGCCCUACUGGAGAGAGAGUACCCUGCCAGCCCCACACGAAGCCUGGAGAGGAGAGCGGGCGGUGUGGAAGCAUUUGGGAGGAGCGGUCGAGGAGGUAGGAGCCGCAGCAGGAGCAGGGAGCGCUGGCUGAAAGAGCGGGAGGAGAGGAGGAGCCGGAGGAAGAGCCGCAGCAGGAGUCUGUCCACUGAGAGGCAGCCGGAAGAACGGGAGAAGGAGAGGGUGAGGUCCAGAGUUCGUGGUCCAGGAGGGGCUGUCUCUCCUGACGCCAGCCCAGACCGAGCCCGAGUCCGAGCUCCAGACUCCACCACAGAGCCACGAGACCACUCCCCUGACAGCGGCGGAGGGGGGCGACACUCCAAUACAGCCACGACCACCAAUGAAGAAGAACCCCCAUCUGGCCGCCACCACAGCAAGAGGUCCUCCAGCGACCACGUAAACAACAACCACCACCAUCGAAACAGCGAGGUCAUCACCGCCGGCUCACCUGCUGCCAUCCACACUAACACCUCCUCCUCACCGAGCACGCUGUCAGAGUUUGCCCAGACGGCGCUUUCCAAGACGUGGCACGGCUUCUUCGCCCUGAAGAACAGCAGCUUCCCCACUGACUUGUACUUGCUGGAGGGCGGGGCUGCGUUCUUCAGUGCCGUGAUGAAGGACAGCCUGAAGCUGCAGAGCCAGAACCAACCCAGCCAGCUGAAGAUCGCCCAGCGGCUUCGCAUGGACCAGACCCGGCUCGACGAGGUGUCACGCCGCAUCAAACUCGGCCGCCCAGACAACUUCGCCAUCCUGCUGGCGCUCCAGGGCCCCGUCGACCGUCAGGCCCCCUCCCCUGAGCCGGGCCUCCAGGUACGCCUGCUUCGUCACCUGGUGACGUACCUGCGGAACAAAGAAGCUGCCGGAGUCGUGAGCCUCCCUGCUGCUAAGGAGGGUGCGCCGGGGGCGAUGCUGUACGCUUUUCCACCUGGGGAGUUCUCACAGCAGUACCUGCAGGCUGCCAAGAGGACUGUGGGUAACCUGGACGAGGAGCACAUGGUUAUUGUGAUCGUCAAUGACACUAACUGAACCUGCACAGACGUGAACGGAGGAGUACUUCCAUGUUGUUUUUAGAAAGAAAAGCAUUAUUAUUGUUUUACUCAGUAUGUUAUGAAUGAAACAGAGCGAGCUACACUACAUCUUCAUCGUCCUCUGCCCUCACGGGUUCAUGGGAAAUGGGUUUUAAAACAAUUGUGAAACACUUAAAGAAGACAAACGCUGCACACAGACAACGCUCGGUCCGUGUAGGAAGUAGAAUUUAUUGUGGAAGUUGUAUCGUGUAAAAUGUCAGUUUGGUUUGAGGGUAUUCCUGCUUUCGCUGUCUCACGUGUGUCAGUGCAGAUAUAUAGAAAUGCAUGAGUUUAACAGGCAGCACCGCCUCAGCAAUGUAAAAACAUUACCCAGCUUAUUGUCACAGCAAGAUGGAAUAAAACAGGAAAAAUAUUAAAUAUUCACGGUUAAUCAUAAUCAUGAGCUAAAAUGAUGAAGUAGAAAAACAAAAUGUGUCUUACAGAGUUUGUCAGAAUUUAGACAGAAAUUAAAGUGACACCACAAUUUAAUGUUCAAGUCAUAAAAGAAAAAGUCUAAAAACCAAGUUUUAAAAAAAUCACCUUGCUGUCAAACAAUAACACAAAAGCAAUGAUUAAAAAUGGUCAUUAUUUAAAUGAAUAUGAGGUACCACCUCUGAAGUAUGACCAAAAAAUGUUUUAAAAAGUGAAAUUUUAGAAUUUGUAAAAGUUAAUGUUUAAAAAGUUAAAGUGAUGAAUAAAAGGCCAAUUUAAAGAUUCAACAUUUUACUCGCCAAGUCAUAUAAAAUCCAUAUGUUUGACUUUUAAAUUAUGAAAUAAAAAUUUUAAAUUAUGGUUAAAUGUCAACCAUUUGAGUUUAUUUAACCAUAAUUUAAUUUUUUUUUAACUUAAAUUUUGACUUUAGAAAAUUGAAAUUGUGAUGUUAUGUUUCAUGUCAGCUUAUUCAACACAGGUGAACAAACAGGAAACCUGUGCAGGGUUUUUUGGUGAUGGGAGAUCAAGUUUAACCUCAGCGAUGCCUCCUGAAGCCCUGAAAUCCCGCGUCGCCAGUUUCCUGUAUUAUAUUCAUCGAGCGGUCACUUUUCUAAUACUGCGUGUGCA